UAUCGAUCCACCUAUGCCGCGCUCUCUGCUAGAUGAACUAUUGGGGCCAAGCAUCUUUGACAAUUUUUUUUUUGACUUUUUAAUACUAUUUGAUUUAGGCUUUCGGUUGCAGGUUAACAUACGUUCGACUCGACGUAGUGCGACAUGAUCUCGAGAGUGGGUGAGCGUCUUCAUUUGAAGAAAAAGUCUUCAUCGAAGGGUUACUCUGAUUUCGCUUCACCCACCGCGAGUGAAUUUGGCGACAUCAUCAAAACUGUUUUCAGAUGGAAAGGAAGCAUAUACAGUCACAUAUGGAAGGAGUUUUUGAUUUACAUUACAUUUUACAUCUCUAUAACUCUUUUGGCUGAUUUUGGGCUGACGGACAACUCGAGGGAUCAUUUUGAAGAUGUAGCCGCUUACUGUUCAAGUUUCGUCUCGUCUCUGCAAAUGGUUUUGUUGCUCGGCUUUUUCACUUCAACCGCCAUGCAGCGCUGGUUUUCAAUAGUACAAGUAAUGCCAGGUACCAGCAAAGUGACAGCUUACUUUGUACAUUCACUAAAGGAAAACCAACCUGAGGGGAUGCAAAUUGUGCAACAAUACGCCAGAUGGAUUGUACUAAGUUGGACACUGGUGUUCCGCAUGAUUUGUCCAGGGCUGAAAGAAGCUUACCCUGACUUAAUGUGUCUUCAAAACGAAGGUUUGUUGUUGGAACAUGAACGACUAGAACUGGAAAUGGAACAUAAUGCCAAGAGUCAAUCGCUUGUCGUCAUCAACUGGAAUUUAGCCUUGCUUCGGGUGUGCGCCAGACGGAACAUGUUUUACGUUCCAGCCGACUACACCAGAAAUCUUGAUUGUUUAAUGCUAUUCAAGAAAAAUUGUAAUAACGCCAUCAAAUUCGCCACCAAAAACAUACCUUCGGCUCUCAUUCAGGUCGUCACUGUAGCUGUUUAUUCAUACGGUUUGGCAUCUUUAAUGGCCCGUACACCGACAGCAAGAGCGGACGAUGGAACAUGGAAAGGGAAACCCGUGUUUACCGUUAUUGGCUAUAUCCCCAUCACCAACGUGGUCAAAUUCUUCCUGUUUUAUUCGUGGCUCAAGUUUGGGCGUAUGGCCAGCCAUCCUUUCGGUGAUGAUGAGGAUGAUAUCGACGUCAUACGGUUGAUGUAUUCCCAUAUUGAGGAUGCUGUUCGAUUACAAUCGCUCUACGUUGACACUUCUCCCAUCGAAAAAGUGGCAAUGACUUCAAUCAGUAACCCCUCUCAUCUCUGGAUAGAUCACGCGAAAAUAAGAGAAAAGUCCGAAAAGCGUGCAGUUUCAAGCAAUAUUCCCGUUCAGGAAAGCGAGUUAUAACUGAUGAAAAGUGUUGAAAUAAAAUGUUCAAAACUCGUUCA